AUGGCUGCUGCUCAGGGAUAUCCUCUUCUGUGUCUGGAGAACCCUCUCCUGGACAUCCAGGCCGUUGGUGAUGCUGCUCUCCUGGAGAAGUACGGCCUGAAGGACAAUGAUGCCAUUCUGGCUGAGGAUAAGCACAUGGGACUCUACGAUGAGCUCCUUGGCCGUGAUGCGAAGCUAAUCGCCGGUGGUGCUGCUCAGAACACUGCCCGUGGUGCCCAGUACAUCCUCCCCGAAAACUCCGUGCUCUACAUUGGCUGUGUUGGCAAGGACAAGUAUGCAGACAUCCUCAAGGAGGCUUGCAACAAGGCUGGCGUCCACACAGAGUACCGUAUCGACGAUGUCCAGCCCACUGGCAAGUGCGGUGUGAUCAUCACCGGCCACAACCGUAGCAUGUGCACUCACCUCGCUGCCGCCAACGAGUACAAGGUCGACCACCUCAAGCAGCCUGAGAUCUGGUCUCUCGUCGAGAAGGCUCAGUACUACUAUGUCGGUGGAUACCACCUGACUGUCAGUGUGCCUGCCAUCCUGGCUCUUGCCGAGGAGGCUGCUGCUAAGAACAAGGUCUUCAUGCUUUCUCUCUCUGCUCCUUUCAUCCCCCAGUUCUUCAAGGACCAGCUCGACAGCGUCCUGCCCUACACCGACUACACUUUCUGCAAUGAGACCGAGGCCCGCUCCUACUCCGAGAGCCACGGAUGGAACACCGACGAUGUCGUCGAGAUCGCCAAGAAGCUCGCUCAGCUUCCCAAGAAGAACACCAACCGUCCCAGAGUUGCUAUCGUCACUCAGGGUACUCUGCCCACGAUCACCGCUACCGUCAAGCCUGACGGUGAGGUUGAGAUCAAGGAGUUCCCCGUGCACGAGAUCCCCAAGAGCGCCAUCAACGACACCAACGGUGCCGGUGACGCCUUCGCUGGUGGCUUCUGCGCCGGUGUUGUCUCGAAUAAGUCCCUUGAGGAGAGCAUGGAUAUGGGCCAGUGGCUCGCCAGCUUGAGCAUCCAAGAGCUGGGACCCUCUUUCCCCUUCCCCAAGAAGACCUAUGCCCCUACCCGCUCAUAG